AUGUGAUUUCCCAUGCGCCACAACAUCCAAAUUUGUUUCAUCGUAGUCGCCAGAUCUACCUACCACCGUCAUCACCAUCAUCAUGCUUGACGUGAGUAAGGGGACAGGACAAAGACGAGGAUCCAGGAGGGGGGACUUCUGUCCCUGCCGCACUUGGCUCAAAGCAGCCGCUUGCGGGCAGGCGCAGGUGAAACUCGCGUUCACGCGCUGCCUACAGGUCGGCACAUCAGGAUAUGGGGAGUUGUGCAUACCUCCUUGCACUCAUUGCGCACAAGAUCACGCUGGCGGUUACCACCCCCCGGCUGCAUACCGAUCACCAGGUUCUAGCGGACCAGCUCUUGUAUGCGUGUGCGUGGAGGGAAAAUUUCAAUAAAUGCAAGAUCUUGGAGGAGGCGUACGCAGAGGACGCGUCUUUGCGGAUCGCAUUCGGCCCGAAAGGCGGGGAGGAGACGGAGAGGCAGAAACUCCUCGACUGCGGGGAGGUAUCCAGACACGAUGGCCAGAUUCGGGGCAGGGAUGCCAUCAUCCGCUUCUGGGAAACGUGCGUACAACUCGAAUCCUGGGGUGCCUACCAGGACGCCGCAUGGUCCCGGAUUGCAGUGGACGAUGACACCGUGUUGGUCAAGGGAAAGGUGAAUUUUGCCCACACCUUUGGCGAGACCAUGGAGUUGUGGCGUCACUCGGGGGACCGCUGGCAGCUCGAGAGCACGGUGCUGACAGUCCAAGAAGGCCACGCGGACGCAGCGGGCAUGGGCCUCCGAGAGGAGCUGUGCGCGCAGGGCCAGGGGGAGGCCGCCGAGCCCGAGGCCGCCCAGGCCAGCGCGCCACCCGCUGCCACCGCAGACGCCCCGACGGAGGCGCCGCCCAUCGCGGACGCUGUGAUGUUGUCCGGCGGCGGCGCAGGCCUGGACGAGCUGGGAGACAGCCCCACGUUGCCGCUCUCAGUCACCACGCAGUCGAUGCAGGAAGAAUCGAGCUCGUCUGCUGCGAGCAGCGUGUACUUCGUCAUCGUGGCGCUGGUCGUAGGGGUUGGUGCCUCCUACAUGGUGCACCGCGCACGCCGACGACGCUCGGCGCAGAUCGCUGGUUUCGAGUCCAUGCUGGGGUGAGCUAACUUACGCAGCAUGAGAUCGCAUACAGUCGCUGCUCCGUGCCUCCUGGUUCUUACGCCCGCGAUCCUGACUGACGAUAUUACCGUGACUCGCGUGUAGGGCUACGAUUUUUCACGCAGCAUGCCCCCCACCGCCAAUCAUAAUCGGCGGACUCACGCCCUCCUCGAGCUCACGUCGGGGCAGGGGUUCGGCGUUUGUAUCACUGCAGCUUGUCCCAGAGCUUGCCGCACCGUGGAGCUUCCCCACAGCUUGGAGUCUCCAGCAGCUCAUCGUCAUCGUACUCGUCACUACCACGACCAUGGCGAGCGGCUAAUCACGCAUCUCGUCGCCAGCUGGGAUGGCGCAUCCCCGCGAACCCUCACUUUGCUCUUUCCCAUUCCCGUUCUCUCUCUCUCUCUCUCUCUCG